AUGAAUAGACACAGCAGUGCCAGCCGUGUUGGCACGUAUGGUUCAUCAUGGGCCAAGGCGCGCUAUUUCAUGAGCGGGGUGGUCAGUGCAGAGGAUGAAGAACACAAGAUAGAGGGCAAUAAUCAGGAUGACAGCGACGACGGUGGGGAUUUUAAUGAGGUGGCUGCGGAAACGUCGAGUGUGGCAUCCAGCGAAUGUAGCAGCUUCGUAACCACUGAACAAGCCACAAUUACUGCAGUUCGGGUGCGACCCAUGUUGUUGUCGGAGAAGAAGAGCGGCUAUCGAGUUAUUGUCGACAUGAGCACGAACGACGACGUUAUGGUGACCAGAAUUGUGAAUCCGACAGCACUCCCGCCUGUGUCUCGUGCCCGAUGCACGCCAACAGAAGCCGUACACUUCCCUGUACAGUUCACGCAAGAGUUCUGGUUUGACUAUAGCUAUUGGUCUUGUGGUCGUUUGCCUGCGCAUCAAGAAGCCACGCAAAGCACAAUCUACGAUGAACUUGGUGUGCUUGCGCUUCAAACCGUGCUACAGGGCCGCAACUGCUCCGUCUUCGCAUAUGGACAACCCGGGGCAGGGAAGACGUACACCAUGAUGGGAAGCGGCGAGCUAACCAGAGCUAAUAGCAACGGUAGCGCAUCUGAGCGGCGGGGUUUAAUCCCAAGAAUCUGCCAGGGUUUAUUCGGUGACGUCGAUGAAAGAGAAUGUUCAGCAAACUCAUGCACGGUACUCAUGAGCUACGUGGAAAUUUACGAUGAAAGAGUCUAUGACCUACUUUCUCAAGCCACAGUCAAGCAACCUCUUAAGAUACGAGAGCACCCAGAAAAUGGUGCUUUCGUUGAGCGAGCACAGCGUGUAAAAUGUACGAGUCACACCCAACUCUUGGAAUUGAUUGAAGAGGGCAAUCGUAUGAGUUCGGUGACAUCCAUGCAUAAAAGUGGCCGCCCUACUCGUUCACACACCGUGUUAACUAUUUCACUCACACAACAUGAACAUGGAAGUGAGGCUCCAAGGAAGAGCAAGCUGUGCUUAGUGGAUUUAGCUGGCAGCGAGCGGGUCGAUCACUCUGCUACCAGUGGAUCACGUUUGCGCGAAGCUUCAAGUGUCAACCGCUCCUUAGCGACACUCGCAAGUGUUGUCGGUGCUCUAGCGAAGCGCAAAAACCAUGACUCUCAACACCAGAGAACGUUCGCUCCGUAUCGAAACUCGGUGUUGACGCGGCUUCUGAAAGACUGUCUUGGUGGACGGGCUAAGACUAUUAUGGUCGGGGUUAUCAGCCCGUGUUGUGCCCACUACGAAGAGUCAAUUGCUACACUCAAGUGUAUUGAACGUGCGAGGAGCUUGCACAGCACCGGCCGACUACAAGCGGAUGCCAGUGGAAAUACAGCUCUGAGGUUGUUACGAGACGGCAACGAGCUUAAAUCCAGCCUCUGUGCGUCGAACGAAGCCAAAAUUCCGCAUACGGUGGAUAAUGAAGUCCCCGAGCACAACGACGAAUGUCCGGGCUGUGAAUCAUGCGACGACGCAGAUUUAACAACAACGCAAGCUCCACUCGAAGCAAAAGCAGAGGAGAUGGUAAGCAUGACGGAGAAUAACGGUACUAAGUUGAAACAAAGAAUCUUAUCGAUGGAAUUGAGUGUCGAACGAACGGAGAAAAAAAGUUCUGAAGACCUAGUUUCACUGAAAAGUGCGCGCCUGAUGAACCUAGUUGCUAUCCACCACCGCUGGCAGAGUUUACGUCUGUGUCGUGCCUUUGAUCGAUGGAGAGAGUUUGUAUCGUCGGACACUAAGAUUGCGAAAUGGCUACCAGUGAAUCGAGAACGCAACAAGGGUAACGACGACGAUAUCAAGACUGAAGGCGUAGUUUUGCCUGAAAGAUCAAUUGGACAGGAAGCAGGUUGCCCUCCACUGCACACACGCAUGCCAACAGCUGAAACACGGACAGCAGAUCGUGUACACGAUGUGGUAGCGGCGGUUGUUGCUACCGAUGCGAUUUGCUGCUCGGUGGUGCAAGAUUUCCUGUUUCCACAACCUCCUAAUUCACCACUACGGCAAGCAACUACGGCAGCUUCAUCUCUCUUGGAACAACUGGCUUCAAGCUCGGAGUUCGAUAGGCCGUAUUUUUCCUUAAACAACAACUCCAGCAGCGACGAGCCUCCACUGGAAGAGCUGGUAUCACCUGACGGCUGGGAUAAUGCUGAAGAGAGCGAGUUGAAGUUAUCAGAGAGCGGUUUAUCCUCGUGCUCGCCGAAACCUCGUGAUGAAGAGAGCAGCAUUCAGUCAAAGCUGUCACUUUGCUUGGACUCGAUCGACAUGGCCCGAAGAGCGCUAGGUCCGGGUGUUUAUAGUCUCAGCAGCAAGAUGAUAAGAGACGGAACCGGGGUAGAAUGCGAGUUACUUCGGUAUCUGGAUAAGAGAUUUAUCGCGAUGGAGUGGAACGUUGAAGAUUUGAUGGUGGCGGUCCAACUACAUCCGCUAUCUGCGCCACUUUUGUCAGCUUUUGAACUUCUGGAAACAAUGGUAGGCGAGUUCUGUAUGCAGAUUAUUCCUAAACUAUGCGAUCAGCUUCCUAGUGCGUCGAGUGCUUGUGUAGCUGGACGACAUCAGCUCGAGACACAAUUGGAUCAUUUCGGCUAUCGACUAAGACGACAGCUUCUACCCGAGAUUACUCGAGACAGCGACGGCUCAGCGACAAACAGAGCCAGUGUUGAUGCUGUUCUCUUCUUGGCCACGGGCCUACUUGUGAUGACGGAGAGGAUAAAGAUCGUGUGGAACUUGUCCGGACAUAAGAAGCGUGAACGGUUGCUACAAGCUCAGGCGCUAGAAGCUGCAGUUGUCCAGAACAGGAAAUUGGCUGCCAGGAUUGCAGAUCUGGAGGAGCGCAAUGCAGAAUUGGCUGUUAAGUGUAGUGGUGGGCUGGACGAAGGAAGAUCGUCUGCAAAUAAUGUGGUCGCGAUGGAGGAGCGAUUGGUCAAGCUGCAAAAUGAGCUUGAAGAGGCUCACAAUCAUGGCCAAGUGCUUGAGAGUCAGCUUGUUGGGUGCAAACGCCUCAACCAGGAGCAAAAUUCUGAACUGGAAAGUGUAAAACAGCACCUCUCCGAUGAGAAAGAUGCCAGGUCCAAGGUUGAAGCAAACUUAGUUACAAUGCAAUUGCAGUUGGACGAUUUGAAACAUCAGCUUGCUCAUGCUGAAGGUCGACUCAGAGAAAUGGAGGAAACCGCGUUCAUCAAAACUGAAGAAAGGUGGGAAAAUGUCAAUACAGUUCUUAUGAACGCCCAGACAAAGAACGAUGAGCUAUCGGCAUCACUUUCGAAAGCAAACAAUGAGCUAUCAUGUGCUUUGGAGAAGGUUUGUCGAGCUGAAACCGAAUGUAAUUUACGAACAGAGGCAGUUGAAUCCCUGGAAAGGAGCUUGACUAAAGCGCAGAAGCAACGAGAAUCAGCCGAGAUGCUUGCAGAGGAUUUGGCAACUAAGCACACAGCUCUCAAGGACGAAGUAUCGAUUCAAUCCGACCAGAUUUCUGUAUUAGAAUGGAGCGCUGGGCAGGAUAAACAUCGUUUAUUAGAGCUGGAAGAAAACCUUGCAGCAUCAGUACAAGAAAGCGACGAGCGUAUGCUGUUGCUCUCCCAGACUGAAGAAACGCUUGCGAGUGCCCUUAAUCGUGAAAAAAUGCUUCAGUGCCAGCUUGUGGGGUCCGAUGCUCGCGAAACAGAAGAGAUGAAUCGCUUGCGUGUUGAUCUGCACGAGGCAACGCUGGAACUUGCUUCGCUGCGCGACGAGCUUGCAGAACUACUCGACCACUCUACGCUGCAGAGCUCAACCAUCGAAACCCUGACUUUGGAACAGACAGAAACACUGCAAAGACUCCAGGAUGUUGAAGCAGAGUGUGACGAUCUCGUACGUCAGUGCCAAGUCAAGCAGGGUGCGUUGGAGCAGGAAACGAGAGCGUACCAUACACUUUCUCAACAGGCAGCGGCGGCGCUUUCUCGACUGGAGAGGCAGCAGGAAAGUGAGCGCGAAGAAUGCAUGGCCGUACACGAGGCUUUGCAGCGACAAACGAUAGAUUUCCAGAAGCAUCAGGCUCGACAACUGUCGAUCAAGAUGGACUAUUACAGCACCGUUCGAGAUCUCAAAGGACAAGUCGAGACUCUGUCGACAAAAUCUCUUGCGAUGAAUAAAGAAUUGGUUGGCAAGGCGAAAGACUUGGACGUAGCCCUCUGUGAAGCCGAAGCUCGCAUUCGGAAGGUUGAGAAACAGGCAAAACGCACUGUGCGCGAACAGGAAGAAAUCGCUUACGGUCUGACUGAGCAACUGGAAGAAUGCAGGACAGAUCUUAAGGCGAGCACUAGUCGAUGGAUACGAGCAGAGACGCAGAGUGGAGUAUUACGGGUUUGUAUCAAGCGGCUUAAUUGCCACUUAAUUGAGACAAAAGAAGCGUACAUGAUGCGACUUGCUGACACAGAAUCCUCUCAGCUACGAGACGAACAUCUACACGAUUUGACCCAGACCGAAGUAACUGUGAAUAAGGACCUGAGCAGUCUUGACGCGUGGUUCGAUGAAGUGAUAUCAGGCAACCAAGAGAUUACAGACACGCUAUCCACAAACCAGACCUCAACGAUCCCAAAACCGCAAAUCGAAGCUCGAGACGAGGAACGAUUGUCGAUGAUGAAGACUCUGACGGACCUGACUGUUCUUACUAACGAAUUGCUAGUCGUAUGUGAGAGUUCGCCUCCUUCCAACAAUUUGUCAGUCGAAGAGUCUGAUCAUGCCCCAGAACAUCACGACACGAGCAAGGGCACAGAUGACUUGGAACAGGAAUUAGAGUAUCCCCAAGAAGCAAAUUCCGCUAAGGGAGAUUGCGAUGACCAAACAAUAGCAGGACAGAAAGAGAAGGCACUGAUUGAAGUUAUUCAACUAAGAAAAACCGUGAUGAAGUUGAAAGAAGCUCUGGAUGCUAAAGACGACAUGCUACUGUUCCUCGAUGGGAAAAUUCAAUUAGGCGGCGCGAACGAUGGAUUGUGCCAUUUUUUGAGCUUUGGCGGCUAUGAGAUGCUUCUGGACUGUGGAGUCAAGAUGCAGUCACUCCAGAAAAGCCCCAAACAAGGCGGUGGCACUAUCUAUCGCCUACAAUUGCCAGCACUGAGCUCCGUCGACGUGGGGGCCCUGGACGUGGUGUUGCUGUCGAACCACCAAACUCUGCUGGCUUUGCCGUUCUUGACCGAAAUUUUAGGUUUCAAAGGGAAAAUCUAUGCCACACAACUCACUCUCGACUUCGGUCGAGUGUUUCUAGAGGAGCUAGCAGCUCUGAAUCAAGGGGAUGACUCGGCUAUCUUCACUAUUGAAGGUGUGACGGACGAAAAGGAGAUCCCUAUGUCCUCGUUGAAGGAGAUUGAGGAAUGUUGCAAGAAAAUUCAAUGUGUGGAGUACAGUGAGGUGGUCUCCUUAGCCUACGGCGUGCAAAUUACAGCGCUGAGCUCGGGGUUUAGCCUAGGGGCCAGUAUUUGGCUCGUGGAAGGACCCAACGACAGAUUGGCGUACGUGGCUGCAGCAUCGGGAGAUUAUAAUCGUCACCCAAAGGAGCUGGACUUGCUGCCUCUUGUGGACUGUGAUACGCUGCUAUUGACAGAUUUAAAGCCGGAUCGGGAUCCUCAUGCCAACACGGAACGCAUGGUAGAGCGUGUACUUAGUGGAGUGUCGAGGGUGCUUGAGCGUGGCGGCGUUUGCAUCGUGCCUACGUCUCCAUGUGGCGUGGUAUUUGAUCUCGUGGAAGCGUUGUAUACGGCGUGUGUUCACAACAAACAGAGCGUCCCCAUGUAUUUUAUCUCGGAUUUUGCAUCGCGUGUCAUGGAGCUGACACAGCUUGGAGCAGAGUGGCUGUGCGAGAAGAAGAUCGAGAAGUUGUACGCCGGUGAAGAUGCGUUCCUGCACGAAUCUCUAUUGAAAAGCAACCUGUUCCACGCUGUCACUGACGUUUCAGCUGCCACCGCUGCUACUUUCCAGAAUGGCAGUAUUAUUUUCGUAGGCCACCCCUCUCUCAAGUUCGGACGUGCUUCAGAAUUAAUCCAGAUGCUGGGUAACGAGAGUCGCAAUGGGGUUCUUCUGAUCGAUCCGUCUAUCGACGCUACGGAAGCCUUUGCUCCAUUCCAGGACCUUCCGAUUGAGAAGAUUUCGUGUCCCAUUGACCCGCGAUUAAGCUGCGGCGACGCUAACCAGUUUAUCGCGCGCUGCUGUCCCCACAACCUCAUCGUUCCGUACGAGUAUACCGUCGUGCCGCCUGCAAGUGCGAUGGACGGAGCUGAGAUGUCUUCGCACUUUUCGCGCGUUCUUCCUCUUCAUGAGCUUACUGCUGCAAAAUCCAAGACGGAACUGCUUACAUUCCCGAUGAAGCAGUUUGAACCAAUCGUUGUCGAGAAGACGUCCAAGUAUCUCGAUGGAAGACUCGACCCCAAGCUUGCUGCGCUGGCCACUAUUACCGAGGUAAAUGGGAAAGCUGCAGCUUGUGUAAGUGGCGUACUCCGUGUCAAGCGGAAAGCAUUUGUGCUGGAGCCUCCCGUUGAUCCUGUCACACCGGACGUCAACGACGAGAAACUUAAGAGUACGGGAAAACGUAAGGCCUCGUCGAUCUCAGAAGGAGAUUCCAACAAUGCACUUCAGAGCAUUGUCUACAAGGAAAAGAGCAACCUGCUCAUGGGCCAAGUGGACGAAGAUAAGCUGGAGAAACAAGUGAAAACGCAUGAUCCACAAGCCCAGGUGUACAUUUCACAGGGCCAGGGAGAUGCAGAUGUGUUCAUGAGUAUUCCAUCCCUUGACGCCCGCAUCACAUUGUGGAAAGAGACCGGAAAGACACUAGUUGAGACAGAGAAAGAGGAUGCUCGAGCCUUGCUGACCUCAUUCAUUCUUGCUCAACUCGUAGUGAUCACCCAGGGCUAA